GUCCAAAUGAUGGCACGAGUCAUACGUUUGCCGCCAGACUUUCACAACAGAUUUAUGGAUGUCUAUCAGAUGUCUGUGUCAGUGAUAGACAUGUAUAGAUCCGGUCUUUCAAUCGAAGUGUUGUAUAUCUUUGAGAUUUUACCCAUUUUUCUCAUCAGAUCCCUUGUCAACAAUUUUAGAGGAGUGAAGAGUUGCUUCCAGAAGGCAGUGGACAGUCGACGAGCACUCUCUCGAAUGGACGCCUUCCCGAACCCAAAGGCCGAGGAUUUAGUGGAGGACAACAUUUGUGCCGUUUGUCGCGACGAAAUCAAGACAACAGAAUCGGCCAAAAAACUCUUUUGCAGACAUAUAAUUGGUUCCGAAGACAUACUAAUUCUGACAAUAAUUAAUAGGAGUGAAGAGUUGCUUCCAGAAGGCAGUGGACAGUCGACGAGCACUUUCUCGAAUGGACGCCUUCCCGAACCCAAAGGCACUCCUAAAUCACCUCCUGUUUUCUUAACCAAGGCUUCUGAGCAGACAUGUCCCACAUGUCGGUCAGAUGUGAUACACAUGAGACAACCCGACCAUCAAAUACCAGAUAAUGGUCCGCAAGAAGUGCAGCCCUAA